CCAACUGCCAAGCAGUCAAGAUGUCGAGCUCUAAACUUGCCCUUCUUAUCCUGGUCAUUGCCUGCUUGGUCCUCAUCGCUUGGGCACGACCUAGGUCGAGGUCUUCAAUGUACAAUGAGGUCAAUUCCUUGCCGGCGGAGAGGAGGAUCAGCAACGAAAUCAUGGAUCAAAUUUCGCCCAUGAGGAGGCCACACAAGAGGGAAUACUUCAUCAAGAGGCGCACCUUCGACAGCCCAAAGAUGAUGAUGUCCCGGAGCCCCUUCCUCGAGCGUUUCUACAAUGAGCCAGCACCCGAGAUGGCUCCAGGAGGAUCGAACUACUUUGCCAAUGACGUCCUGCCGCUGUCCACAUUCGAGAUCCUAGAACCAGAGUCAUUGUUUUAGGAAUAGAUCAAAGAUCAGAGAUACUUUUUCCUAAACUCAGUUUGAUAAAGUAAAAUCACUUUCUUUUACAUAAAUUAAAGUACAUUUAAUUUUAAUACUGACAUUUCUUUCUUGAAAAGAAAAAAAUAUAUUUAAAAUGUAUGAAAAAUAUAAAAUUAAUAAAAAUAAUAAUACUAAUUAAGCUUAAUAAAAAAUAAAGAUAAGCUUAUUUAAAUUAUAUAACAAACGAAAAAGUGGGAACCAAAAUGCUUAAUGACACGUGAAAAAUGUUUUGUAUCAAAAUACAUUUUUUGGAAACACAAAAAAUAAAUAAAACGAAAAUGCAA